AUACACACAGUUCGUGUGAGAGGAGGCAACAAGAAGUACCGUGCCCUAAGAUUGGAUGUGGGGAACUUCUCCUGGGGCUCUGAAUGUUGUACUCGCAAAACAAGGAUAAUUGAUGUUGUCUACAACGCCUCCAAUAAUGAACUGGUCCGAACCAAGACCCUCGUGAAGAACUGCAUCGUGCUCAUUGACAGUACACCAUACCGCCAGUGGUAUGAGUCCCACUAUGCGCUACCCCUGGGUCGCAAGAAGGGGGCUAAGCUGACUCCUGAGGAGGAAGAGAUUUUAAACAAAAAGCGAUCAAAGAGAACUCAGAAAAAAUACGAUGAAAGGAAAAAGAAUGCAAAAAUCAGCAGUCUUCUAGAGGAGCAGUUCCAACAGGGCAAG